AUGUCACUGAUACUACUAGAAGCAUUAAAGGAUGACGUCGACGAAUCCCACAGAAAUGCUUUAAAUACCGAUCUCAAGCUAUACCAAUCAUCGGAAAAAUAUCUCGAAGACCUACUAAUAAAUGAUGAAUUGUUGUCAACAGAAACGUUCACCACCACAGCCACCAAUUCCAAAACUGUAACCCAAGAGAUUGCGGAAUUGGAUUUACAACAGCAUCAGAUCAAUAAAGAAUUGAGCUCAUUAACAGAUUCACACAAGGACCUAAUUAUUGACAUCAAUCAUGAUCUUAAUGACAUAAAUUCCUCCUUGAUUAAUGAUUAUCCCAAAACAGUUGAUUCAUUGAAGAAAAGCAUCCAUAUGGAUUCCAAAUUUCACCCGAGUGAAUACAACAAGUCGCUGCAAAACUCGAUUUUGUCGAAUAUUGACACUGUAUUGGAUAUCUUGGAACUUCCAACCCUAUGCCGGCUUUGUAUCUUGCAAGGUAAUUAUCAAGAGAGCUUGGAGAUUUCGAUAUUCAUAAAAUCGUUAAUUAUCAGGUUCCCCAAAUUACAAUUGUUUAGAACUAUUUCCGAUCAAGUUGAAAUCGAAUUGCAAGUCAUGCUAAAAGGGUUACUCAAGUUACUUAAUACCAAUUUAAAACAAAAUCAUAUACUUAAAAUAUUCCAAAUCUUGAGUAAAUUGGAAACUGUUAAUGACAAAUCCUUGCAUGUCAUCUACUUGAACUCGAGAUUCAAGUUUAUCAUUAAUGAAUUAUCCAGUCUACAACCCAUUCUCAAAUUUAAUAAACUCACAUACUUGAAAAGAUUUGUUGAAGUUUAUCGUGAACACAUUUAUUCAUCAAUCCAUGUAUAUUACACAAUUUUCCAAAAUGAAACCAACAAAUUGUUGCUAAAUCAAUUCAUCACCACCUUGGCCAUGAACUUGUGUCGUGAAUUUACUACAUGCAUGCCUCAUAUCGUUGUUCCAGCAUCGGCAAAUUCAAUUGAAUCAGAAUUGGAGUUGAAAAACUCGAUUGAUGGAUUAAUCUUACAAUUGAUUUAUUUAUGCAAAUCGUUAUCCGCUUAUCAGUUUGAAUUUGAACCGAUACUCUUGGCUGAAUUAUGCUAUAAACAUGAAUUGAUUCUCGAGAAAGACUGGACUCGAAACAUGAGCAAGAUUAAAAAGCACAAAUGA